AUGGUAUCUGACCAUUCUUCAUUUUAUUCUGAUAGUUCGUUAGAUAAUAAUAAUAGUGAAGAAGAUUGGAUAGAUGAUGACUCCCAAAUUGAAUUUGAUAUCGAUACAAAACGAGAUGUAUGUGGUUUGACUGUAGAUGUAGACGAAGAAAUAUCAUAUCUAACAGAAUUGAGAUCAAAAUGUGGCCUUAAUAAUAAUGAUAAUCCAAAUUCAAAUUGGUUAAGAUUAAUUGUAGAUAGGAAUAUUGGGAUUGAAAUUAGUCAAAUCGCUAAGGAAUUAUUAAGUAAUAUUUUAUGUAAUGAAGAUGUAACAUUUGAGAAUUUGAUUCUACCAAAAAAUCUUAAGAUUAACGAUCCAUUAACCAAAAAAAAUAUUACUCUACUUAUAGAGGCAGAUUUUACUAGAGGUGAUGAAAUAGUUUUGGGUAAUAGUCUGUCAGAAAGUAAAUUUGUAGCAAAUACAUGUAUUGGUCAUAUCUAUAUAUAUAAAGAAAAUAAUGAUCAAGAAGGAUUUUUAAAUCACUAUGCAAAUAAAGAAGUAGAUCAAAUAUUUGGAUUUAAAACUUGGCAUAAACAAUUUCCUUUGGGAUUAAAGAAAUCUAUGGAAUCUAAAUAUAGUUAA